AUGGCUGAAGAUGGGAUUGGUCAUUGGGUUUCCAAGGAUCGUUUUGCUGCAAAGCGUCUGCAUGCUCUUGCUGCAGAGCUCGAUGGUCCGAAGAGACGUAUUAUUGAAGAGCAGAGUGCAUUUAGAGCAUUGUUGAAUGUAUCUCCAUUCAACAUUCCUAAUGCUCUAAUAGACUUUGUUGCCUCUCAUACUAGCCCUGGUUUGCGGGAGUUCAAGUUCCACAAGAAGAGGAUAGUUUUCACAAAAGAUAUGGCUUGUGAUGUUACGGAUGACCUCACCAUUAUCGGAACAUGGGAUCUUCUAUGUUUGGCUACGGUUAUUGCCCCCGGUAGCGCAAAUCCGAUUAGCCUUGACUAUUUGGACUGUAUGUUGGACCCUCGGAGGACUCACGAGUUUGCAUGGGAUGAACACUUGCUUGAGUUAGCAAUGCAGGAGGUUACAAAAAUCAAUAGCAAGACAGCAGAGGUAGUGGUACCAGGAAAUGCUAGGAAAAAUGAGUUUUGGAUCACUGGACCGUUCGCCCUUCUAGCUGUUGUCUACAUGGAUCACCUUGAUUUUCCACCAAACCAACAUAUCAUUAACUACUCAAUUCCUAGAGUAUGUUUUGUGACCAGUAGUGAUUUCAAGUUUGUUGUCCAAAAUGAUGCUGAUAGGAAGAUCCUGAAUAAUAAGACUGUUUUUGGAAGGCGUCCGUUUCUUGAACUGUCAAACACUCCUUAUGGAGUUGCUGCUUUUUCCAACCGUCAUCAUGUUGAGGAGCCUGUUGAGCAGCCUGUUGAAGAAUCUGAAGUGAACCCGUCUGCCUCGCUCAAUGAAUGGCUUGUGUUUCCUACUAGUCAGGAUCUUGAGGUUCCAGCUGCGUACAAGCAUCUGUAUGAGAAACACAGGUCUAUUUAUGGUCGUGAUCUUGACACCACUCUCAAGAAUUUUGGUGUUGGUUUGAAGCAAAUGCAUUCGCAGCGCAUGGCAGCUUUGCUUAUUGACAUAGAUGCAGCAAAGAAAGAAGGUGAUGGUCCUAGUGUGCAUUUCCCAAACGGAGGUGGAGUUGAAGAUGAAAAUAUGGACGGUGCUGACAGACAUGAUGAUGAAGGUACUUCCAAUCAUGAUGAUGAAGAAAUCCCGGCAGCUGAUUCUGAAGAAACAGACAAUGACGAGUUUGUUGUCGAAGCAAGGGCUGCUGUCAUGGACUCACGCACACUCGUCGUGGAUAUGCCGCAAUCUGCUGUUCUGUUGGAUUCUUCUACUGGUGGAGAUGUUGCUGGUGAACAGGUUUCUGUUGACAGCCCUGUGAUGUCACCUAUAAACUCACCAUUUGCUCGUAUACCGGAGGGUAUAUCUGUAGAAGCUUGGAAUAGAGCCCCUGACCCUCCAUCAAUGGAUCUAUUCUCUCAGGAUCCAGAUGAAGUUGUUGUGUCUGAAGAUCAAAUCACUAUUCCUGCAGAAGAAAUUACUCCGCCUGCUGAUGUUCCUUCUGUAGUGAAGCUAGACGACACAUCUUCUGAGCAGCCUAAAGUUAUGGAGGCUACAACACCACCCAUACCAUCCAGGGAUGCUGAAGAUCACUUGGGCGAGAACGUGUCACCGCAACAUCCUACAAACACAGGUGCAGAUGUUUCAGUUAUUAAGAGAGCUAGACUUGUUGCUGCCGAUGGCAAACUAAGUCUGAUUGCUGGUAUUCCUUUAAAUGUGGGCUCAACUGUUCUUGUGGCUGAAAGAAGCCCUUCUCCUUCUGAUGUUGCUGCAGAUGUUGUCACCAAAGAUGCUAGUACUGGUGCUAAAACUGUUGAAAAGAAAACUAGGUACAAGAGGGCUGCCAAGGGUGAACUCUCACCUCCGAAGCUGAAGAAGAUUAAGGUCUCUCAAGAUGUUGUGCGUAAGUACGACAAAUAUGUUUCACAUGGACAGAAAUUCAAGAGGAAGAAGAAGAAUGAAGUGUCCAAAGAGUUUCUGAAGAUUGGUCGAUUCUUUUGCUCGUACAAGUCCUUCGUUGGAGCUCUUCAUCCACGCCAAUAUUUGAGCAACGUUGUGAUGGCAGUUUGGACAGAGAAGUUCAAUCAUCCAACAAAAGCAAGUGCUGAGAAGAAUCCCCGAAAUCACAAGAGAUAUGCUUUCUCUCCGUACUUUGCGUUCUCCAACUUCGUCCGGACUGCAAACGAGUCCAAAGUUUCAUGGGUUGACUUUGGGAAAUUCAAGGAAAUCACACUGACCAUCCACGAGCAAGACACUUUGUAUGAUCGUGGAUUCUACAGACAUUCUUUACAUGGAGCACUUCAAUGGGAAAGUCAUGCCAAAUUUCGAGAAUGA